AUGGCGGCAGUGGAAUUAAAACCGGAGGAUUCGAUUGAUCCUUUUAAUGAGGUACCUCGGGAAGUACAGACGGGUAUAGCUAUAGCUAUAGCUGAAGGAAAGGAAGCUACACCGCAGGUUUCUUCACACACAGAACAAGGGUCUGAGAUUACAACCAAAGAUUCAAUCCCUUCGACGGAAGUAUACGAGGAAGAAUCUAUGACUGUUGAAAAAACGGAAACAUCAGAGAGUCCGUUGGAGCUUGAACCGGAGCUUCAGACUACAACGGAGGAUUCAGAAUCUCCCAAGGAAACACAUGAAAAUAUCACUACCAAAGAAGAAACACUCAAAGACGAACAAGAUUCAUCAGAACCUCAGAUUGCAAUAGAAUCUCUAACUCUCGAAGACCCUGCCACAAACAACGAAGAAUCAGAAGAAACAGAAACAGAAGAUCAGACGGACGGGGAGAAUUUAAUCAAUCUCCUGCCUACCGAACUAUGUCAUGGCAUCCUAUCGUUUUUAGACGAUGAUGAGAAAGAAAGAUUCUCGAGAUGCUCGAGACACUGUUAUUUCCUUUCCUUCCCGUUACGGUUUAAUGGCCGGGUUAUUCUUUCGAAACAUGAAGACGGAGUUGGGAUCGGUGAUUUCGCUGAUGGGAAGUGGUUGGAGCCGUUGAGAUAUCAUAUUCGUUCGGCAAAGAUACACUUCUGGCAGAAUGAACUGCAUAGAUCACUUCAGUCCAUCGCCAUAUUCCCCAGACUGAUCAAUUUAACCAUCUGCUUAACCAUGGAUAAAGGAUUCGAAAGGAACUUAUCUGUCGCGGUCAUAUCCUCAUUAUCAAAACUGCCGUUUUAUGAUAACAUAGAAAGUCUUACGCUGGAUUGGAGUGAGCAAAGAACACCCGGUGGCCUCUCACGUCGGCACAUCGAAUUGACUUCCGAUAGCGAGGAUGAGGAGUUCAGGGUUACGUAUCGUCGAGGUCCUGGGGAGAUGAGAUUACAUAAGGCGUAUAAACAGGGCUUUCCACGGUUGAGUUCCGAGACGAAGGAGUUUUUGGGAGGGUUUAUUAAAGGCGGGGAGCUAUCUACGGUUGUUAAGAAACUGAAGUUUCCUAAAUACCUGAGAUCGUUGGAUUUUAAUAUCUCCUGCGAGGAUUCUGCAUAUGCUUUACCCUUUUUCCAAAAUUGCAAUGCGAAUGGGUCGAAUGUGAAGGUAGAUUGUGGACUUCUAGUCAGAGGGAAUAGUUUCCCCAUCCUCGAUCUCAAUACCCGCCCAAAAAACGAACCCGCGGAAAUAAAAACCAUCAAACGCCUUUCUCUAGGUUUUCCAAAGGGACAUCUAGACUACGACUCCAUCAAGGUAAAAUACCUACUCUCCCAAUUCCCAAACCUCGAGGUUCUAAAAUUCGUCGAAUACUCCCCCUACGACGCCGAAGAAUUAUGGGAAACCCUACCGAAUCUAUCAAAAUUACAACGGGUGGAAUAUGCAUGGCCCAGAAGACCGGGUUCGUACGGUACGUCUGGUAGAUCGGUGUAUACGGGAGAUUUGGAGGAAGUUAUUGAGAAGAGAUUGAAGAAUGGGGAUUUUGGGUGUUUGAAAUGGGUUAAUAUUAGAGAACUUUGGCCGGGUUCGACUAGGAGGGUUAGGGAAGGGGAGAUUUUGAGGGUUGUGGAGGGGGGUGAGGUUGUGAGGAGACGGUAUGUUUGGUGGGAUGGUUUGAAGAAGAGGCCUACUAGGGUGGAAGGUGGGGAUGAAGGGUCUGAAGCUGGAGAGGGGGAGGAGGAGUGA